ACAAGCUUUUGGCCUCUCCAUAGUCCGUUCUUCCUUCCGCGAUAGCCUAGAAAUAUUGGGGAGAAGCUUACGUUGUAGUUUUAUUAAAGUUCAACACUUUCUAUUUUUAAAUUCCCGUUUCGAUUUUUAUGUUUCAAGACUUAACCACGAGCUGAUAAUUCUUCGUAUAUUAUGAAUGGUUUGUUUAUAACAUAACUGUCACCUACAAACUUCAUGCCGACGAGAUACUUGUAUUCUAAUCAUGUUGAAUUGGUUUUAAAAGUGAAUUCAAUUUUUAAGUAAUUUGGAGAAUAAUGUAACGGAUAUCAAGAACUUUUUUUAACAGUUUGGGUCUUUUAUCAAGUGUAAAUCGGUGUUCCGCAGUGUUGUGUAUUACAACACUUGCCAUAUUUGAAGAGUUAUUGUGCUGCCCUACCCAGGAACACACCUUACAGUAGGCCUAUUGCCCUAUUCUUAUUUAGUAAUGUAACAUGUUUUCUCUGUUACUUCUUAGCAAGCCUUCAGCAUAUUUAUAUCACCUUAAAUUGACAAAUAACUAAGGUGAUUGUACAGAUGUUACAAAUAGCAGUGUUUGGUAUUAUUUUUGAAAAGGCAAUACUGAAAAUAAAACAUGUCAUUACAAACAAGUUAUGGAAAACAUGUACAUAAAACGUGAAUCUGGUAUGGAAGAGACCUUAAGAAAUGUAUGUUUUGUGUGUGGCAAUGUUGGUCAUCCCGAUCAGUAUUGGCUUCGAUCUAAACCGGGAAAUAAUGCAUCUGAACCUUACUUUCCAUUCCUUGAGACUCAUGAACCUCCAGCUAGUUAUAGGCACAAUAGGCAAGAUCCUGCAGUAAAAUCAUGCUAUCUCUGCUACUCGUUGUUAACACAACAAUGGGAUCGAUAUCAAAGAGACAAUACACCUCAUAGUAGGAGGUUAUACUGGUUGAAACGCUGUGAUAAUGGACCCUAUACAGGAGCUGAGAUGGGUAUGCAAGGAGAAUACGCAGCACAAAUAUUGGGCCUUAGUGUGGAACCAAUGCACAGAGAGGCGCCAAAUGUUGGUGUGGAAGACAAGCGCAUGUCCCCAUGCCCUCGCACACUUCCCUCGGUGCCCUCGGCAGAGCCUCUGGACCCCGUGACCAAACAGCCUCAUCAUGACUCUGCCCUUGACUUGCGUCACUCACCAGCUAUCUCCAUACCUCAUUCAAACCCAAGUAGUAGCAGUGGCACGGACAUUCUAGAUUUGUCAAUGCCAGACAAGAACGCAGUUACGGAGGUUUGUUAUGUGUGUGGGGAGGAGCACACACGUGGAUCGCUCACUCAGAUUUCUGCCAAGCCCGUGCCCGCUAACAGCCCUACACCAUUCUUCCCCAGCCUCAUCCUGCAUCCACGUCCACCGCGCAGUCGACCCAUGGAUAGUGCAGGAAGAGUGCAGGCCUGUGCAGCAUGCUUUGCGCAUCUACUGCACCAAUGGCAGGCAUACUCCGUGCAAGGAGUGCCACACUCGGAGCGCAACUAUGUGUUACGCAAACGAGUUGCUCCUUCGUUGGACACUACUACGUUUGUCUGCUACACCUGUGCUCUUGAGUACCCCUCUUCCUCCAUCCGACUACUCUACUGCUGCCCCAAUCCGGAGAAGGAAGCAUACUUUCCCUUCAUCUGCAGCUUGAAGCCACCCCAAGGCGCCAGUCCCAUAUCACCACAGGGAAUGGUUCAGGUUUGUUCAAUCUGCUACAAGUCUAUACCACAGAAGCAGAGUCUGUUUGGGGCGAGUAAUAAUCACAACGAGGCAAGUGUAUUAAGUGAGACCCCACCUGCGAUCUUGCAGAGUGCCAAGAGUCCAGACAUCCGGUUCCGGCCAUAUGAGCUGUCCAAGCCCUCACCUUCUCCUAAGGCAACCAGUGUAGAUGGCAGUAAUGGACUUCAGCAGUACAGCUGUUACGUGUGUGGUGCACUAAAUUCACGUGCUGCCAUGGAGUGGUUGUCCACAGAGGCAGAGGGCAUGAACUCGCACGCCAUGCAUUUCCCCUGUCUGCGAAAUCUGAGGACAGAGAAUGGCCGGGUAGACUCGUGGGGUCGUGUGCUGACUUGUGUCAAGUGCAGUGGACACCUGGCACGCCAGUGGGAGACCAUGGAGGCUGACAGAAUUCCCCUUGAGAGGCGAAGGUAUGAUGUUCCAAGCACUACUCAGAAUGGUGUGUCGCCAGUUUCAUCUACGUCAGCUGGCAACACUUCCUCAAUCUACUGCUUCCUGUGUGGUCUGCACAGUGACCUCACACUGGCUCGAGUCCUGUACAGCAAACCUCAGGGUCGCAAUGCACCUUACUUUCCAACGCUGCUGAGUCACAGAUCCCCAGCCAAUGCGGAACAACUGCGUGAGGAUGGUAGCGCACUGGUGUGUACAUUUUGCUACCACGCGGUGUUGGCUCAGUGGCGUGCGCAGCCCCAUACAGCCCCUGAGGUCCGUGGGUACAACUGGCACGACUACAUCUGUUACGUAUGCGGUAUUACCACGUAUCGUCUUAGGGUACGAGCUCUGCCAGUCAAGGACUUUCCAUUUGUGAGGUAUCAUCGGUGUCCAGAGGGCUCCCUACUCUUGGAGAAUGGAGAAUAUGCAGUGGUGUGCCUGGACUGUUAUGAGACUCUGCGGUCACAGAACAACGAAUAUGAGCGCUGGGGCUUGCCACUGGACAAACGAGAGUACAACUGGCUCACCCAGCCCCCUCCUCCAGAGGACUCUCCUGACGUUACGGUUGCAAGGCUCCCCUCUGGCCAGCGCACAGAUAAGCAGGUUCCUCCUCCAUUGAGUAGACCUGCUCAGAAGAACUGCUCUCCAAAACUGCCCGAUAAACGGCCUCCUGUUAUAAAACCUGAUCAGGGGUUGUCAAAGCCAGUAGGGGGUCACAAGGCAGUCAGGUCACCAGUGCCUGCUCCCCCUGUAAGUGUUGGGGUUGGGCCUGCAGGGCCCAGUGGAGGCAGUCGUUCCUUUGCUGCAGCCCUACGUAACCUGGCCAAACAAGCUGGCCCUGCCACAGGAGAGAGAGAUGGUGAGAUGGAUGGUCGUUCCUCACCUAAACGUCCCCCACCCCCACCAUUGGUGCGAGGUCCCACUCCUCCCACCACCACUGCUGCUGUCAAGCUACCGGACAAGGAGCGAAAUAGUGAGCAGCGGAGUGGAUUUCAGCCAUAUCGACCUGAGGAAUCUCGUGUGCCGCCUCCUGGAGUGCCACCCCCUCACUAUGCCCUUGAAUACCCUCCUUACCACCCCCACCCUUCUCUCUAUCCACCUCCCCAUCUGCAGCAUUACAGGUUAGAGGAGCAGAUGUACUGUGGGGUGCCGCCACUGUUUGCAACCUACCCUCCGGCCUUGUACGGGCUCAUGCCCUCCCCUCUUGGCCUCAUCACACCAGCCAUGCAUGAAAGAUUAAAAUUAGAAGAAGAACAUAGACAAAGGGAGCAAGAAAGAGAACGUGAGCGAGAAAGAGAAAGAAGAGAAAAGAGUAAAAAAAGCCCAAGAGGGUCGCCUUCACAUAGUCAAGAAGCCUCAGCUAGGAAGGCGCCAGUAGCAGUUUCAGUGCCUCAGACAGAUUUCCCAGUUCCUGCAAGAACGGUGCCUAACUUUGUCCGCCCAUUCGAAGAACCGUUCAUCAAGAAACCCUCCCCGCCAACAGUGUUCCCACCACAGCAACUGCCACUAGUCGAGUCACAGUUACCAGUGUACCAACCACCUCCCAGACCAGUACAAGACUGCUCAGUGAACCUAUCUGCCAGCAUACCGCCCAGUGAAGACAGAUUGACUGCCCUGAAUAUAACAAACCUUGUCUCUACACCUACCGCCUGUAGGGAACCUGAACCCCUCACCAUUACUGCAAGUACAACACCUUCUGUCCUUGUGGUUCCAGAUCCCGUUAGAAUGCUCUCCUGCCAUCGGUAUAAUUCUAAGGUGAAGAGUCGGCUAGACAGCGCAGUGUGUGAGCCAGAGGAGGACUUGACACCUCGUCUGGUGUUGACAAAGGGGCCUCCAGACAAACUAGACGCCUCACCUCGCAAACUGCGCUUCCUGGCCACCUUCGGCCUCACUACACUUGCCACCCGGAAUGAGAUAGAGCUGAACAAGCUUGCACGUUGUCGCUCUCAGCCAAGUGUGGUGGUGGAGGAGGGGGGAGAGGAGGAUCCUCUGCCAUGUCCCCGCCUUAGCUUGCCCCAGCCGCCGUUCCCCCGGUCCCUACCCCACUGUGGUGACAAGCUCAGCUUCAUGUCCACUCUCCAGCUUUACCCUCUCUCCACUAAGGAGAGAAAAGAGCGCGAGACCAUUUGGCAAGAGGUACUAGCAGAGAGGAGAAGAAGACAGUGUGUCACACCCUUGGUUCAAUACUGUUGUCAGCAGAGAGGCAACUCCCCAGACAAUUCUCCUGUCAGAUGGUCAGGCAUAGAGAGCGUUCUGCAGGCCUACCAGACGUAUCAUAAUGAGUGUUCAUUGGAGAUGAGUGUGUUACGGGAGGAGAGCAACCGACUUGAGGCAGAGGUAGCGUCACGCAGGGAAGAAUCACAAGUGAUGGAGCAGCAGCUGCGAGACCUGCGUGCUACACACGACAAACUGGAACAUGUUGGUCGUGAUGUGCAGGCUUCAAUUGACUCACUGAUGGCAGUUGUACGGGCAGUUGUGGCCCUAGGCCGGUAGCGGUUCCCCUAGUCUAGGUUUGUUUGUUUAAGUGAAAUCCAAUAGCGAGGUGACAAUAACUCGUGUUUGUUGAGGUUUGAUAACAUUGUGUCAUAUAUGUUAGUCUUUUUGAGGGGGAAAUAUUAAUAAUAUGUUAGUUUAGAUUAACUGAAGCUGGACCCGAUCUCCUAUCUGACUCACUGGGACCAAGCCAGUUUGGCCUUUUUUAAUCUUUAUAAUCCUUAAAUACGAACCUGUUGCCUUAAAAUAUAGCUGAAAUAUUUGUCCAUGUGUAAAGCAAAUUCCAUAUAAUUUUGUAGUAUACUUCAGGUAUUUAAAUACCAAAUCAAUCUAAACUAUAUUGGUAAAGAAAUUGUUUGAAAAGAAUCUAAUUCUCCAAUAAAAAAAAUUCAUGAAAUAGCGAAAAACAAAUGUAAAUACUCUUUGUUUGCCUUAUUUAUACUGUGCCUAGUUUAUUUCCCAUGUCCCUUCAAUCAUUUAAAACCUCUCCUAAAAUUUCUACGCAAGUAUUUUUACAUUGCUAAGUAGCCAAAAGAAUCUUAAAUUAUUUUAUUUGUACUUCUCUGAGCAAACAUAGUACUAGUAGUUUCAGUAAACACUGAUGUAAUUUUUUACUGUUUCCUGUUAACAAAUACUUUUGAAUAGUUGUGAGGUUUGUGCUUUUAUAUUUCUAAUGUAUUUCACUUAAACAGACCAAACCUAAAUCUUGUGAAAAGUUAUGUUACUGUUUGUCUUAACAAUUUUCUGUUAACACCGGGCAUACUAUUACUAGUUAAUGUUGAUGUGUAUUUAUUUUAUAUUGUAAGCUGUGUAUUGGGUCAGUAAUGUUUCUCUGUUUAUUGAAGGUACAACAAAUAUUAACUAAGGAUUUAUUUGUAUAUUCUAAAAAAUAAAAAAGUAUUCUUUGAUACAAAAUAAUAAUCUGGGGCUGUGACAUGCUGUUCAGUUUAUCUCUUCAGUGUCAUAAUAUUGGUUUAAUUGUUCUGUAUUUUAUGAAAACAAAUGAAACAUAUUAUAUAUUUAUUCAAAGUAAAAAUGAUAUAAUUUA